AUGCUUUAAUAACAUGGGAGUCCGGAAGAAAUUGUCCUUUGUUUUCUGUUUGAUAAUUAAGUUAGAGUAACCAAAACUAUGGAAGUGGUUUUGGAUCAUUUAAGUAAGAAAGGAAAUGGUGAGUGGGGAAUAUAUGAUUAUAUUUAAGGCUAUCGAGUUCAUGAAAAUAAUAUUCAAAACAGUAAUAAAUUAUGGGUUUUCUAACUAAAAGACAUGCGUCUUAUAUUAGAAUUUUAUUAAAAACAUAAAGAAUUAAUAAAAACCUCUGAAGAAUUGAGAGAAAUGAAUUAAGAAAUGCAAAUCAAAUUAAAGGAUUUUAACGAUUCUACUCGAAGUUAAGCGAUUUAACAAAAUACAUAUUUUUUAUAAAAUGAGGAGUUAAAAAUUAAAAUAAAUAAACUUGAAAAUUAAGUAAAACAAUUAACAGAUGAAAAGGAAGAAUAUAAAUCGAUAUACUAUGAAGUUAUGGCUCAAAGUGAAGAAUUUAGAAAAAAAUUAGAAAAUGUAUAAGUUUAAAAUACCACAUUAAAAAGUGAAAAUGAAUAAUUUAAAGUUAAAUGCAUAUCGCUGGAAUAAUAAAGUUUUAUGCUUGAAAAUGAAUUAAAAUAAAAAAAAUUAUAAAAUUUAACAGAUAAAACGAGCAAUAUUUAAGGCUAUGAUAAAGGUAUUUAAUCAAUUCCUGUUAUUUAAACGAAAUCAAAUAAUAAAUCAAAACAAAUAGAGCAAUAAAAUAAAAAAUUACAUUAACCGUCAUCCUAAACGAGUGAUUCAUCUCAAGAAGCAGGUGAACUAAAACCAGAAAUAAAAAAUGAAGCACCAUAACAUACUUUUAAAGGAUUUCUAAGUCAAUCCGAAAAAGGUACUAUUGUGCAUUCAGAACAGUUUAAAUCAGAUUUGCUUAAACCAGAAUAGGAAUUCUGAUUUAUAAAUAUAUAAUUCUGUUGCUAUAAAUAUUUAUUCAUAA